CGUGGUUUUGUAAAGAACGUCGUUUCGACUGCGUGUCACACACGGUGUCUUUAUCUCACUACACACAAAUAACCAAAGCAAACCAAACAAGAAGAAGUAGAAAAAAAAAUCAAGCAAAGCAAAAAAACAAAAACAACAAGCGACGGCUUGACGGGUAAAUGUUGUUUAACCUAAAUAAAAAAAAUUCAAAGAAAUAUUUAAAGAAAAUUGUGAAAAUUAAAAUAAAUACCCCGCUGAAAUUUGUUUUGGGCAGUACCGUGUGACAGCAGCGGCAAAACGUAAACCUCCGUUUUUUUGCAAAUCUUGUGUAACCCAAUUUCUCGUGUGUCUUGUCGGGCGAACGUGCGUGCGUGUGUGUAUGUGUAUGGUAGUGGGCAAAUAAAUGCGUGUGUUUGUGGCAAGAAAAAAAGGAACGCCAACAAAAAAAGUGUAGCCUCCUAGCCAUGCUGCUUCAAGAGGAGGUUUAAAAUUCGGUUUUCGGUUCGGUUUCUCAUUUAUUUUCCCCGAUUUUCCUUUUCGCAAAUCCCUUUCCCCCCAAAAAGCCAACAACAACAUCAAAAAAGGAAAAUUCGUUAAUGAUUUUAAUAUGGAUUUGCCUCAUUGAAGCUGGUAUUUUUACGCAAAAUUUAGCAUUUCCGGUUUGUUGUAAAACAUCCGUUAAGUGAUCCGAUGAGGGACGCCGAAUAGGGAACGAGGAAUGUGUAACGAACGAUGAGCCUGGCUGACGAGUGCCGACUAUAUAAACGCCAUAAAAAUUCCAAUGCUUGAUGCCGAAGAUAAAAAAGUAAAGCUAAGGCUAAUGAAGCGUGAAAUUUCCCAAGGAACACCCUGAAUUUUUGGGCAAAACUUUGAUCAAAAGGAAAGAAGGAAAAGGAAAAAAAUUAAAAAAAGGAAAUAAAUUUUACAAAGAAAUUUCCAUAGUUUGGAAAUUUCAUAAACAACAACAGAACCAAAAAUCAAAAAAAUAUAACUUAAAAUUGCUGGCAUACUUUAAGGGGUUCCUGAGAUUUCCUUAAACAACUUCCACUUCGAAAUCCUAAAAACUUCAUCAGAAAAAUAAUCAUAACUCAGAUUUCCCCCAAUCAACCUCAUUAUGGCAUUGAUUAUUCAAAUGAAAUAAAAAUCGUAAAUAUUUUAUUGUGCAUGUGAGUGUGUUGUGCUGCUUUCGCUUGGCAAAAGGAUCAGUGAUAUCCUUUUUAUUGCCAAACCGAAAAGUCAUAAAUCCCAAAUUUGUGUGUGCUUUUUUUGUGGAAUAAAAAAAUAAGAAAAUAUUUAAGCCUUUCCAAGUGCCAAGACUUAAAUUAAAUUACAAAGAAGCAAAAAGAAAAAAAAAAUAGAAUACCAACAACAACAACAAAUAAGAAUAAAAAAUCAAACAUAAAAACAAAAGCCAAAUGGCCAUAAACAUCAACAUGCUGGAGAACCUAAACAUUUGCCGCUAAAAAAAAGGAUACAACUCGUUUUCCUCUUCAAACAUAAAAUCCAGUUGGCAGUCUGUUUUUUUAAGAAAAAAGAUCAAUGUUAGCUGAGUGUCAACAAUUGUUACCAACCCACCAGAAGGAAUAAUAACAACAACAGCAACAACAUCAUUUCAUCAUCAUCAUUUUUGACAGAAGCAACAACAUUAUCAUUAUAUUGCCAAUUAUAAGAAAUGAUUUAGAGGCAAAGAAACUGACACAAACACACACACACAGUCGCAAUUGAUGGCAUUGGUGUUUGAUGCUCUCCGUAAAAAGGCAAUAACAUUUCAGACAAACAAAAAUUACAACAACAACUACAUUUAUGUGUUUUCUUUGAUGUUAAGAAGAAAUUGUAAAUAAAAUAAACGCCUUAAAUUAUGCAAAGGAAUUGUGUGCAUGAACGAGGCAUUUGCUGUGCUGUGUUACUAACACACCACCACCACCAACAUCCCCACCACUCUCAUUACUCCAACAACACGAACGAGUGUUACCGUUGUUGUCGUCGUGGUUGUGUUUCUCUUGCUCUCGGCAUUUUUUAGCCUCGCAAACAAACAAGUAAGCAAGCAAGCAAACAAACAAACCAACACACCAACAGCCAGGCAAAUAAACAAGACAACCAGCAUUCGUAAAUAACAAUCAAUUGGCUUAAGGCUUAUUUAUGGCAUAAAACCAAGCAAAGGUAAGACGUGGCUAAAGAAAUUAUUCGCAAGAAAGCAGGAAAACGACAAGAGAAUCUACUCAGGGGCAUGAGGUGGAGAGAGAGAGAGUGGGAGAAAAAAAUUACUACUUACCUGUAUGACUGUCUGUCUCUCUGUGUGUGCCAAUGGCGGCAAAUUCAUGUAACUGUUUUUUCUUCUUCGUUGCUGUGAAAGGCAAUUGAAUUGAGGCAAUCCACGGUUGGUGUCUUAGUAUUGGGGGCGGCGGAGAAGCAGCCGAGUCGAUGAAAAGUUGUUGUUUUUUUUUUUUUUUUUUGUGCGGCAACUAUGAAUGGAAGAUUAAUGGGAAAAUUUAAACACCAUUUAACGGGCAUUGGUAACGAAAUAAAAUACCGGCAGCGGCAAUCCAGUCUUCAGGCCACACCAAUAAAAACUUCAAACGUAAAACGGCAAAUGAUAAAAGAACACCUUUGAAACGAAAAUAGCAAAGCCCCAAAGCGAAACAAACGUAACAAAACAAAAAACCUAAAAGGAAAUAAAUAACAUUAUUAGUGGAAAAGUAAACAGUAGCAGCAUUUUUUGAUCAACAUAUCAGCAUUUAAAAGCAAUUGAAAAACACAGAAAACAAAAAGCAAACACGAAAGGCAAACAAACAAAUUGGAAAAAAGACAUCAUCAUCAGAAAAAAAACGUGAAUUUUUUUAAACAAACAAAAGCAUCAAAAGAAAAAAAAAAAAACAGAAAAUAUAUAACCCGUCCUUGCCGCAAUUAGCAGCCACCAUAUAAUAGCAACAACAACAACUACUUUCAACAUGGAGCCUUCUUUAUACCACUACAUCAGCAUAAGUCUCUUGGUUACCCUAUUGCAUUUCUCCAAAAGUCAUGAACACACAGAUGGUUUUAAACCGGAUGGUGAAGUAUUACGUGUCCUGGUUAAUAGCACUGCUCAAAUUAAAUGUGAUGUUGGCUCAAGUUUACCGGAUGAUAAAGUACUUUUGGUUGUUUGGUACAAAAACAAUUUACCCAUUUACAGUUACGACACCAGAGGAGCCCAUGCGGGGACACCAUCCCACUGGCGAGACGAAGAGGUGCUGGAAAGUCGUGCCGUGUUUCAUACCCAUCGUGAACCAGCUGAGUUGGCACUGAGUCCAGUCAAGGAGAAAGACGCCGGCAAUUUUCGGUGUAGAGUGGAUUUUAAGCUGUCGCAAACACGAAAUAGCAAUGUCAAUCUGGAGGUGGUGGUGCCACCCAAACAACCACUGAUAUUCAAUGAACGUCGUAUGCGCAUCGAAUCCCGUGCUGGCCCCUACGAGGAGGGUGGCAAUCUGGAAGUGACCUGUGUGGUACAGGAAGGCAGACCCCCACCAACGGUGACCUGGCUAAUGAACGGUCAAAUCCAAAAUAGCGUUGUCGAUUACAGCUAUGACAAUACGAUAAAUAGCAAAUUGGUCGUACGGAAUUUGUCACGUAUCCACCAACAUGCGGUCUACACCUGUCAGGCGAGCAAUUUUCACAAGAAAUAUGUCUCGACCAAUAUCACCAUUGAAUUGUAUUGUAGUUUACUAUCCAAUCCCACGGCGGCCGGUUCUAUGUAUCGGAUUGAUUCGGAGGUACAAAUUUCCGACCAGGUUCCGCCAACCCAGCAAAUAAAUGUUCCAAAAAUCUUGACAUUUUAA